UAUCAACGAGUGUCCUGGGAAAAUCGUUAGUUCCUGUUCCCUGGUCUAUAUUAUUAAAAAUGUUGAGCAAUUUCACUAAAUUCCGAACUGAAUAUUCACUGAGUGCGAGUCUAAAUAAGUGUGACUAUCUUCACUCUAAAUAUUUCCCGCCAAUGCCAAUAACAAGAAUAGUUUCAUAAUAGUUUUAAACUUUUUAUGAAAUAAUUUAAAUAAUAAAUAAUAUGUCUGUUGAAUACAACCCAGAUACUUUACGUGAUCUUUUGCCUUUAUAUUAUAGAAAACUGUUCCCUCAUUCACAGUUUUAUAAGUGGUUAAGUUAUGGUAAGUGGAUAAACUACAGUAGGAAAAAUGAAAGAAUACCCAUGAACGAACAUAUAAAAUACUUAACAUUUGCCAAAAGAGAAAUAUCAUUCACUCUACUGGGAGAUAUUGUCAUUCGAUAUCAAUCAUUUGAUACACAAAAAGAGUUUUUAAGCGAGCUGCUAAAGAAAUUCCCUAUUAAGAUCGAUUUAGGGGCUAUGUAUCCAACCAAGCCUAGAGACAAAGGGCCGGUGUCACAAAUUGUACCUGAAGAAAAAGAGAUAGUGUUUGAUAUUGAUAUGACCGACUAUGAUGAUAUUAGGACUUGUUGUUCAGGUGCAGACGUCUGCACGAAAUGUUGGAAAUUCAUGGUCAUAGCUUGUAAAAUAUUGGAUGCAGCACUUUACCAUCAUUUCGGCUUUAAUCACAGGCUCUGGGUGUUUUCUGGAAGGAGAGGUAUCCAUUGUUGGGUAUGUGACCCUAAGGCAAGAAUAAUGGAUGACUCCAUUAGAAAUUGUAUAUCGGAUUAUCUUCAGAUAAUUAAAGGAGGCUCUAGUGCUCAUAAAAUGGUAUAUUUGCCUGGGGAAGAAAUACAUGAAUCUGUAGAAAAGCCGCCCAAUGGGAAGAAAUCUAGUGAAGUGAAGUUAAACUCCAACGUGGAUGGAGAAAGAAAUAAUCCAGUGAUUUUAAUUGCCACCGCCCAAUGGAAUAUAGAAAGUUUCAACAGGUUAUUACGUCCUCCACUCCAAGCACUGACCCAAAUACGAUAAUAUAUCAUCUGAUGAUGAUAAUGAUGAUGAAGAAAAAUAAAUAGUGGCCUAAUCGAUGAGAUCAAUGCCUAUGACAAAAAGAUCAUGGAACAAGAACAAUAUCUAAUGGAAGUAGAUAGUGCUGAGACUCCAUCGAAAUCAAAGAUCAAAGACUAUAAAAAAACCAGUUUGUUACAUUCAGUUGCCAUUUUUGAAGAGUUUCUUAGGCUAUUGGAGAAGCAAAGAAGAGGCGAAGGUGAUUAGGUAACUAUGAAGCAGACAAAUUUAUCAGAAACGUUGCAUCUGGAUCAAAAGCUGGACGGAAUGUUUUAAUAAAAUAGCUAAAAUAGUAUUAAGAUAUGUUAUUAUAAAAUAGACAUUAGUAAAACCUAUGUGAAAAAAAUGUGUGUGUACUUUGUACGCACAUAAGAAGUUAUACUUCUAUUAUUAUGAUUUCAACAAAAUUAAUAUACUUAACAGGUUAUUUGUAAUUUAUUUAAAUAUUAAACUAACUUUCUUUACCUACCACUUUUAAAAUUUUUUUAUUAAAACGAUACCAAUUGCUUUGACAGGUUUGAAGAUUUUUCAUACAUACUGACAAAUUUAAUAGACCAAGUUAAAUAUACAAAAAUAUUUUAAAUAUACUUACUACAUAUUAUUAUAAAAUAUCUUAUUCCUGAGGAAGACAAAUCCAAAGACACAAAAAUUAUAAUAAAUAAUACCUUUACUAAGAACACCAAUAUAUCUUUUUAUAUGAUAUAAUAUGACUUAUUUGCGCUGAUAGCGCUAAUACAUAUAUCUUGAAAGAUUAGCAACGAAAUACAUACUGUCUGUGUGCGCAUGCGCCCGGCAUUAAAAAAUUUCACUCUCGAUCGUAAAGAAGUAUAACUUCAAAAAUAUCGUCGAAAUGUUAUAUUCAUCGUAUUUUAAUAAACGUAUAAAUUAA